GCCAUGGAGGGAACAAGGAAACGGAAGAGACAGUUUUGUGGUCAUUGUAAAGAUUUCGUUUCACAUACGCUUUUUUAUUCGCACAAGAAAACAUAUUUUUUAAAUGGAGUUUGGAUAAAAGACGCUACCGAUAGGCCUACUCUGCGUGUUUCAGAAAGUUUGUUUAUCACGCAACCAGAGGACAACGAACAUGAACAACAACCGGAAAAUGAUGUGGACAACACUCUGCAAGAGAACUUUGAUUAUGAAGAUCUCAAGCUUCCCCUGGGUGCCAGUGACUCUUCAGAUACUGCCAGUGCUCCACUGUUGCCAUCAACUGUGUUUUGUAUGCAGCAAGGGGACAAACAGACUGAUAUACAAGACCAAGAACUGUACGAGGACUGCACUUUGCAAGAUGACAAUGAUGAUGAAGACUUCGAGCUUUUCCUGAGUGCCAGUGACAGUGAGUCUUCAGAUGAAGAUGGCUACUAUGACCAGGCAGACAGUUUCAUGGAAGAGGAUCAGCUUGAAGAGACUGACAUUUUUGGGGAGGAAAAUAUGGAUGCAGAUGGGUUCAGGGUCACAGAAGACAGCCCUGAACAUUUGAUGUUGAAACUGCUUGCAUUUAUGCUUUUGGCAUGGCAAGCUGUUUUCAAAAUAUCAGACCGUGCAAUUUUUGCACUCUUGCAGUGCAUAAGACAAUUAAUUUGGCUCAUGGGACAUAUUCUGUGUGUGAACACACUCUGUGGGCUGGCUGGAAAGAUCCCUAAGACUUUAUAUUCACUCAGGAAAUGGACUAACAUCUGCAGAGACAGCUUUAGCCAGUUUGUGGUAUGCCCAAAGUGUAUGGUAACAUACACAAUUGAGGAAUCAUACACCACCUCUAGAUCCGGUGCAAAAAUCAUCAACACUUGUUCUUCUAGACCUUUCCACAAACACCCACAAAAGAAAUUAAGAAGCAAAUGUGGAACUCCUUUGAUGAGAAAGCUUAUUGGCUCAAGUGGUAAAGAAUACCUGUAUCCCAUCCGUGUCUACUGUUACAAAAAGGUCCGUCAGUCUUUGGAGACUUUGGUGAGAAGGUCUGGAUUUUUGGAGAAAUGUGAGCAAUGGAGACACCGCAGCAUGCCUGACUCUGUCAUGGGGGAUGUAUAUGAUGGGAAAAUCUGGCAGGACUUUCAAUAUGUAAAUGGUCAACCAUUUCUAUCAGAACCUAAUAAUUUUGCACUGAUGAUGAAUGUUGACUGGUACCAACCCUAUAAGCACUCCCCAUAUUCAGUCGGUGUUAUAUAUCUUGUCGUUUUGAAUUUGCCGAGAGAGGAACGCUUCAAAGAUGAAAACAUGAUUUUAGUUGGAGUGAUACCAGGACCCAAAGAACCCAAACUCAACAUGAAUGCAUAUCUUGAGCCCUUGGUUGAUGACCUCCGAGAAUUGUGGGAAGGAGUUGUUCUAAUGGACUCUUCACCCUUGGGAUGCCAGGUUUACAGAGCAGCAUUACUCUGCCUCUCAUCUGAUAUUCCAGCUUCCCGCAAGUGUGGUGGUUUUGUUGGCCAUGGAGCACUAAGAGGAUGUAACAAGUGUCUAAAGAAAUUCACGAAAACAUCUUUUGGGGGAAAAACGGACUUCUCCGGAUUUGACAGAUCAACCUGGACUCUGCGCACCUCUGAGGAACACAAAAGAUUUGCAAAGAUGACAGAGAAGGCUACUACAAAGGUAGCCCAGAAGAAACUGGAAGCGCAGUAUGGUGCCAGGUGGUCUGAACUGUUCUUCCUGCCAUACUAUGAUGCCAUCCGGUUGCGGCGACAUAGUCCAGAAGGGGCCCUUGUUGAAGAUCAACAGAAGGAGCAGUUGUUGCUGGGGUUGGAGGAUGGACCUUUUCUGAGAGCCAUGAGAACGUAUGCACGCCGAAACCCAGAAGGAACAUUCGCAGAUUUGUAUCAAGAGGCUUUACUGUUGGAAGCAGAAUGUAGUCAACCAAGUGUGUUUGAGGAGAAGUUCCCUCAGUAUAAGUUGGGCCAAGCUCCUGUUUUGACUUUAAAAGCUGCAAAUGGCCUUGAAAUCCCCUAUAUUGGAUAUGCUGUGUUUGAUUUUAAUGUUCCUGGAGUCCAAGUUCCAGAAAUGACGGGCAUUCUUCAUCGUUGUUUCAGAGUACCAGAGAACGACAAGCAUGACAGCAGGUUACAGCAGUUUGUCAACGUGUUGCGGCAUGCAUUCAUGAGGAUGGCUCACUGGGAAAUGUGUGGCUGGCCAACAGACGAGGUGUACGUGUUCCACCAAAGAGUGAAGUCAUAG